GAAGAUCUGGAAGGUGGCGGGCAGGAUCCAACAUUGGGGCUAACUAUUCCUUGGGGUGGGGGAAAGGGGCCGAUAGUGGCACCUAUUCUGGAGGAACUGGGCCAAGAUGUUACGCUGGAGUGAUUUUGCUUCCAUACAAGAUGAGGGUCACCUUUCACCCUAUUCCCGGGGUUGGAAAAGCCACCGGUCUUUUCAAGGGCCGACCAGCUCUUAGCGCUUUGGACUCGGCUGCCAUGGAGAUCACCGGUACAGGAAAAUUUAAAGGAGUAACAAGUGCUCCUUGAAUGGAGCUCAGGCGCCAAGAACAGUGGAAACAGGCUGUCAGCAUCCAACAGACGAAUGGGGAACCGACUAUAACUCAGAGAAAGAUAAUAGACUUCAAACCCCUGAAGGCAAAGCCGACUUCCUGGGGCACCGGCGCUCGAGGCCGUCACCCCGGCGCGUAACUGAUAUGGCGCCCUCUCAGUCGGCGUUUCCGGGCGGGUCCUUCCGACGGCCCCCGCGGUGAUUCCAUCACUCAGCUUCCUUCCCGGCCUGCCUCGCGCCCGCGGCCGGGCUGGGCCAGAGCAGCCCAAGAUGGCCGACUUCGAGGAUCGGGUGUCGGAUGAGGAGAAGGUACGCAUAGCUGCUAAAUUCAUCACUCACGCACCCCCAGGGGAAUUUAAUGAAGUAUUCAAUGAUGUCCGGCUACUACUCAACAAUGACAAUCUCCUCAGGGAAGGAGCAGCACAUGCAUUUGCCCAAUAUAACAUGGACCAGUUCACACCUGUGAAGAUAGAAGGAUAUGAAGAUCAGGUCUUAAUUACAGAGCAUGGUGACCUGGGUAAUAGCAGAUUUUUAGAUCCAAGAAACAAAAUUUCCUUUAAGUUUGAUCACUUACGGAAAGAAGCAAGUGACCCUCAACCAGAGGAAAUAGAUGGAGGUUUGAAGUCUUGGAGAGAAUCCUGUGACAAUGCUUUAAGAGCCUAUGUGAAAGAUCAUUAUUCCAACGGCUUCUGUACUGUUUAUGCUAAAACUAUAGAUGGGCAACAGACCAUUAUUGCAUGUAUUGAAAGCCACCAGUUUCAGCCUAAAAACUUCUGGAAUGGUCGUUGGAGAUCAGAGUGGAAGUUCACUAUUACACCACCUACAGCUCAGGUGAUUGGAGUGCUCAAGAUUCAGGUUCACUAUUAUGAAGAUGGCAAUGUUCAGUUGGUUAGUCAUAAAGAUGUACAAGAUUUAGUAACUGUUUCGAAUGAAGUACAAACUGCCAAGGAGUUUAUUAAAAUCAUAGAGAGUGCAGAAAAUGAGUAUCAGACUGCAAUUAGUGAAAACUACCAAACAAUGUCAGAUACCACAUUCAAGGCCUUGCGCCGGCAGCUUCCGGUUACCCGCACCAAAAUCGACUGGAACAAGAUACUCAGCUACAAGAUUGGCAAAGAAAUGCAGAAUGCAUAAAGGCUGACUGUAGGAUUCUUCAGUAUGUAGAAAGAAAAGGAUUCAACAUGUGGUCAUAUGAUAAAUAAGUGAUUUAUAAACAAGAGUGAUAUUUUGCUAGGGCUUUCAAAGUUAACAGAUUUUUUAGCCUCAUGGAAUACUGUUGAACCUAUAGCAUUGACUUCAUCUUUUUGUAUCCUCUGCCUUGUAUUUUUCUGUUAUCACUAUAUCUACUUGUAAAUUUUUUUUUCUUUUUUCUUUUUGUUAAUUCUGCUGCACUUAGUGUUAAAGAGAGGUCCAUCUAUUCUGGAGUCAUUUUACUGUUUAGAAAAUUUUCCUAGUCAUGAAGUCCUGUUACUGAUUUAGACAGAUAUAUGCUCAGUACUCUUAACCCUGUGCUCCAAAGCACUUGUGAUACUUCAGUGCUUUUCACUGAUCCACCAAAAUCCAAGGAGGCUAUGCUACAGCUUGUAGCUAAAUGGAAGACACAUUCAUCCUUCUCAACCUCUGACUGCUUUGAUUGUCAUUUAUAGUAUAUCAUAACUGCAGUUUUCAAAAGUUUGGAUUGAGGCUUUUCAGGUCCAUUUUGGGGGCAAAGAAAGUUUUCUUGAAAUUCCAUGACAGCCAGCUUCUCUGGGGGGACUCGUUUUUAAAUCCAAAGACUUGAACCACAUUCCCUGCACAUGGAACAUGUUUGCUUUUUUCAUUCCCUCAUUGUCUCCUUCACAUUUAGUACUAUUGUAGUUACAAACAUCUGCAUUUUUAGAAGAGUUUUAUCCAUUUAUUAUUUUUUUAAGUAUCCAAGAACUGCUGACAUACUGUGGAUAUAGUAGAGUAUAAAACUUUAAAAAUGCAGAUGCUGAAGGAAUAAUAGGUAUCUUGUGCUUUAAUACUUGUGGCAGGAUUGUACUAUAAGCAAAUGAAUCAAGCAACUCUGUAAAUCACAAAAACUUAAGAUGAACCAAAGUGAAAAGAUAACUUCCAGGCAGUAUCUUUCUAUUGUAACCUGUUGUUUAAGGGAAUACUAGUGUUUUCUUCUGAAUAGGAUGUAAAACUUGUUCUAAAUUACUCUUCCUCAGUCCUGCCUGCCAAGAAAUCAAGUGUAACUGUGAUAUAGCAACCCUUCCCAGGUAUAUUGGCAGGUGUGUAUGUGAUCUCAGAAUACACAGGUGACAUAGAUAUGAUAGGACAACUGGUAAUGGUGGAUUCAUUUACAUUGUUUACACUUCUAUGACCAGGCCUUAAGGGAAGGUCAGUUUUUUAAAAAACCAAGUAGUGUCUUCCUACCUGUCUCCAAAUACAUGUUAAAGAAGAAGGGUGUUUGUGCUUCAGCUUUGUCUUUGCUCAGUAAUACAGUCAAGCAAGAGUUUGUUUCCAAGUGAAAGCUGUGUAAGCAUUUUUGUUUAUUUCAAAUAAAAUAUAUUUGUAUUAUU